AUGUUGGAGGCAACCAUGAUAGUGUUUGUGGGCCUAUAAGAUUCAUAAAUUUCCUAUUAGCUGCUGACUGGAGCUUUUUUUUCACAGAGUUGACAACAGCGAGAGCAGUCGGAACGGAGAUUAUACGUAAGCUUUCGACUCCUGUUCCUCCUAGGAGUUUAGAAUUGACUAGGGAAUCUGAUCAACGAAGACCAACUCGUUUUGAGGCUCAAGCGGAUGCAGUCUCCCUUAUCUUCUCCGCAAAAACUCAGGCCAACCCAGAAUCAUCAGUAGGCUUGAUGGCCAUGGGUGGUAAAGGACCGGAGGUAUUGGUUACAUUAACCACGGAUUUUGGGAAGAUCUUGAGCGGAUUACACGACACAAAAAUCAAAGGUGGAACUCAUCUAGCAACAGGGAUCCAAGUCGCGGGUGUACGUCAUAGAUCAUCCCCCGCGCCAAUCUUCCAAGUUUGUUACUUCACAAGUCUCGGGCUAAUCAACACUAUUCAUGACUCCACAGUUAGCACUGAAGCACCGCCAGAACAAGUCUCAACGCCAGCGGAUCAUUGUAUUUGUCGGCUCUCCCGUCGUCGAAGACGAAAAGACUCUCGUAAAGCUCGCAAAGAAGAUGAAGAAAAAUAAUGUCGCAAUAGAUUUCGUUAACUUCGGCGAGGUCGAGACCGACAAUACUACCAAGCUUCAAGCUUUUGUCGAAGCCAUCAACUCGUCUGAUAACUCCCACUUGGCUACUAUUCCGCCCGGGCCACAUCUUCUUUCGGACCUCCUGGUCACCACCCCGAUCUUGAGCGAAGCCGGAGGUGCUUCUUCUGGGGGUGCUGGAGAGGGUGCGGGGGCUAGCACAGGGGAAGGAUCUGGAGGGUUUGACUUCGGAGUCGAUCCGAGUUUGGACCCCGAACUGGCGUUGGCACUCCGGAUGUCUAUGGAAGACGAGAAGGCUCGGCUGGCGAAGGAACAAAAGGAGAAGGAGGACAGGGAGGGGAAGAAGGAGGGUGGAGAGGCUUCGGGAUCAUUAGAGGGAAUCAAGGAGGAGGACGAGAAUACCCCGUUAUUGAAGAAGGAAAGCGGGGAAGGUGGAAGUGGAAGUAAGGAUGACGAUAAAAUGGAUACCGCGUAAUUGGCACGGAAAAUAGCUGUGUCGCCCGAUAAAUAGCCUUUAUAGGUAUACAUUCAUUGCGCUAGGCAAAUUUUAGUUGAGCAAGGCAAUUUGCGAUAUACAUUAUCAUUCCG